GUUUUUUGUAAACCCGCUUUUUUUGGUUUACGUGCAAAAAAACAAAAAACAAAACAAAACAAGCCAAAAGAGAGUGGAAAAGAAUCUUAAAAACAACAACCAGUCUGUUGUUGUUGGUGAUUUUCUGAAGCAUGUUUUCAUCCGUAUUGAUGUUUUGAGAACUUUUUUUCAUUUAUCCAACGGUUUUUUCUGGAAAAGAAUAGCUUUCCUCAACAGCAACAAUGCCUCGAAAUUCACGUUCAACAGCAGUUUCAUCAACGAAUUCGACUUCGACUUCGGCUUCGAAUUCAUCAUCAUCGUCUAUGGCAAAUAUAUCAACAAGACAAACACGUAAUCUUUUACAAUAUAAUCAUCAUCAUUCACAUCAUUCACAUCAUAAUCAUCAAAUUCCAUCAUAUAUACCAAUGCCAAAUACUCGUUCAUCAAGAUCGAUUACAAAUACAAAUCAAUUGAAUCGUACAUGUAAAAUAACAUUAGGAACAACAAAUUCAAAUCAAUUACGAAAUGGUUUAUCAUCUGCAUCUUGUAACAGCACUGCCUCAUCAUCAUCAUCGACAUCAACAAAUUAUCAACCGCAACCACCAUCAGCAUCAACGUUAACAGUAUCGGGACAAUAUCAAAAUCGUGAUCAAUAUGGUGGUCUAUCGAGAAAUUCAAAUUCUGUUCAUUUUGAUAAUAAUACAUCAUCAUCAUCGACAAAUUUCCAUCAACAACAGCAGAUGAAUUGUUCAACAAUUUAUUCAAUGCCAAGAUUAGAAGAUAUGACAAAUAAUACUGGUACUAACAACAACAACAACAACAAUACACUUUCAACAACAACAACAUUAUCAAUAGAAAAAUAUUUACAAUCAAUGAAUGUUCGUUUUAUUAAACAUAAUUCAUAUGAAGAAAUUCGUUCAUUAAUUAAACCACAACGUAUAAAUUCAUUAGGUGAAUCAACUAGGCAAUCAUUUCGUUCAACAAUGGUUACAACAUUAACAAUGAGUGAUCAAUAUAAAGUAUUUUUACGUUUUUGUAAAUAUUCAACACAAUUAAAUGAACAAAUGGAUUGUUUACCAAAAUCAUUUAAUUUAUCAAUUAAUGAAUGUACAUUUACGAUAAAAAAUAAAUAUACAUUCGCUCCAUAUGAUAUAACACAACGUAUUGUUGGUGAAAAAAAUAAUGAAAUUUAUAUUCGUGCAACCAUACCGGAACAUAAUGAUUUUUCCAAUACGGAUUAUUAUUAUGGUGUAUUUUUAAUGAAAAAAAUUGAUCAUAAAAAUUUAUUAAAAUUAUUAAAAGAUAAGGGGCCACAUGAUACAAAAUUAUCAAUUGAUUUAGUUAAAAAGAAAUUAUUUACUGAUGAUGAUGAUGUUAUUUGUGAUAAUGUAAUGAAAGUAUCAUUAUUAUGUCCGCUUACAUCAUUACGUUUAAAAAUACCAUCACGUUCAAAACAUUGUGAUCAUGUACAUUGUUUUGAUGGUGAAGCAUUCAUAUCGAUUAAUGAUAUUACGCCAAGAUGGAAAUGUCCAAUUUGUAAAAUUUAUAUUAAAUUUGAUGAUUUAAUUAUUGAUGGACUGGUUUCACGAAUAUUAAAAAAUGCACCAACCGAAUCGAAUGAAGCACAAAUUUUUCCGGAUGGUACUUUUGAAUAUCUUCAAAAUGGUGUUAAAAUAAAUAACCCAAAUAUUUCCGAAGGUCGUCCGACAACAAAUCUUAAACGAAAUUCAUCAUCAUCAUUAUGUUUGAAAAAUGAAGAUAAAAAACCACGUUUAGAUUCGACGUUGAAGGCGCCAAAAAAACCAACAAUCGAAUGGAUUACUAUUGAUAGUUCGGAUGAUGAUGAUAAUAAUAAAGAUGAUGACGAUGAUGAUGAUGAUGAUGAUAGUGAUAAGAAUAGUAGUUCAGAUAAUUCGGAUGCUAGUAGUAGUGCAACAAUUAUUUCACAAACUGAUUAUUCAAAUUAUCCACGUAUAAAUUCAUCAAAUUCAUCAAAUGAUUGUAAAAUUUAA